AUGAAUCAUAUAUUCUGUUUCUAUCUAGUUUAUGCAGCAUGUUUCUUGAUUCAGGGGGCAAUAGGUAUUAAGACUGCAUCUGAUCGACUAUUGAGUAGUCGUAGAAUACUAUCUGCUCUCUUUUCAAACAGCCUGAUGAUGAAAUCAAACAGAAGUUAUGGAUGGUUUGGUUCAAGCACAUCUAAGGAAUCUGAUUCAGAAGAUAAGAAGAAGAAAAAGAAACGGUCUGGAUUUGGUAGGAAAAAGAAAUCAGAAGAGGAUGAAAGUACAGAUGAUUCAGAGGACAAGAAAGACAAAAAGGACAAGAAAGGCGAGAAAAAGAAUCCACUGGCAGGAAUAGUCGAUUUUGUGAAGCGUGAAAAGGAUAAAUCAAAAACAGGUGAUGGAACUGAUCCAUCCACAGUUUACAAUAAAUUGGAUGAAAUGGCCAAAGAGGCAGAGAAGGAGUUCAACGACAACAAGGAAGAAGGGAAAUCUCCUCAAAAAGAGGAAUCAUCAGAAAAUAAAUCAGAUAGUGAAUCAAAACCAGAAGAGAAAUCAGACAGCAAAGAAGAAGUAGUGGAAGAAGCAAAAGAAGUAGAAGAACCAGAAGAAGUAAAAGAAGACAGCACAUUGAGAAACUCUCAAUCAUCAGAAACCACUGAUCCAUCAGCUGAUUCAGAUAGCACCCCAACAAGAAAGAGGCGUAGAGAAAGCAGCAGUUCCAGUAGUAACCUGAAUGAUGAAAUAGCAGCACUAAAUCACCAGGUGAAAACACAGAAGAAACUGCUUAAGAAAAACAAGAAACUGAUCAAGAAAACAGAACAUGCAGCAAAAAAGAGAGGAAAACAAAACAGGAGACAUAAAAAGAAGCACACAAGAAGAAGAAUCAGAUCAAACAAACACAAAAGUAGUAAUCGACGAAAUCACAAGGCAGAGCCAAUGGGUGCUUUCAGUUUCAGUUCCACAACGAGUUCAUCUGCACGUGAAUUGCUUAGACACGAUCCAUUGAGUGAUUUCAAAAUGAAAAAGAGGAAGAAGGCUAGCAAUCGCACGAGGAACAAAGAAAGCACAUCGUCGAGUUCGAUGCUAAGAAAAUCAGGUAAAUAUCACAAGGAGUAUAGGAGACAUCAUAGUUCAUCAACAACAAGUAGCUGUGUUGAUAAUACGAUUGAAACACUUUUCCCUAAAGAAAGUCGUCCAUUGCCAAAGAGAGAUGACGUCUACUUCCUUGAUGAGAAAGGUGGAAUGAAGAAAUCGUAUGGACCAUUCAAAGAUGAUGAAAGUAGUCCAUUUUACUAUCCAGGAUUACACCAAUUAGAUGGUAAAAUAGGAAAGAGAGUGUUAUCAGACCAGGAAUACAGGAUUCAUCCAUCAUUCAUGUCCAAAUUAGCAGAUGGAGGAUUCUAUGAACGUAGGGUGAUAAAACCAAAAGACGAGAAAGGAGCAGAUGUCGUAGAAGAGCGAUUUGGAUACUUUCCAAAAAAUAAGGUGGGUGGUGGAAACAGGCGUAGGAAGAAUGUCAAGACCAAACAUGGUGUGUUUCUACCACCAUUGGCUCUAACCAAUAAUCCAUAUACGCCUGGGACUGAAGCCCAUUUGAACUACCAUUUUGAGAAGGAGAAAGAGAAAUAUUUAUGUAGGGAGGAUGCAAUAGAAAACGAACAGGAGCAGGGUCUUGGCAUUUUGGAUGAGCAUUUUGAGAAUGCAACAGACAUGUUGGUGGAUAAGGGACGAAGAGGAAAGCUGUCUGGGGCAGAUAAGCACCUGAAUGACGUAUCAAAUGCAAUAACAAAUUCAAAGAAUAAGGCAGAGACAGAUGGUGUGGUAAAGGACAAAAUAUUCUCACGUGUCAGUGGAAUGAUGCCACCAGGACCACCUGCAGCAAUGGUAAAUGGAUAA